AUGAUAAUAAGACUUGAAAAGAAUUAGAAAGCAUUCGAAGAACUACUUAGCAAAAUGCUUUAAUCCGAUCCCUCAUUGAGAAUAGAUGGACUUUAAGUGCUCUAUGAAUUAUGCCUACUCAAGGAAGAACCAUUUGAAAAGCAUUUAGAAUUAGAAGAGGAAAAGUAAAAUAGUAGUGGAUUUACUUUGAAAAUCAAAUCAGCAAAUGCAGUUAUCAAUGAUAUAAUAACUGAACUAGGAGAUUAUAACUAUGGGGCUAUUGAUAAAAUUCAUCCGAAUAAAAACAGAAUCUUCAGUUCACUUAUCAAAUACACAGAUAAUUCAAUAUAUCAAGGUGAGUAUGAUUAAGUAAUAAAAUAAAGAGAUGGAAGAGGAAGAUAAAUUUGGAGGAGUGGAGAAAUUUAUGACGGUUUGUGGAAAAAUAAUUUAACCGAUGGUUUAGGACGCUAUAUUUAUGCGAAUGGAAAUUAUUAUAUUGGAGAGUAUAAAGCUGGUAAGAAAAAUGGAUUUGGAAAAUAUUAUUGGAAACAUGGCGAUGUCUACUCUGGAUAAUAGGUAUAAGAUAAGUAAGAAGGAUUAGGAUAAUUAAAAUACAGUAAUAUGGAUUUAUACUACGGGUAAUGGGCUAAUGGUGAGAGAGAGGGUGUAGGAGUAUACAUAUUCAACAAUGGAGAUAUUGAUCUUGGAUAGUAUAUGAAUAGUCAAAAGCAUGGGAUUCAAAUUUUUAUACCUAAAAAUGCUGGAUAUUUAGAAAUAAGUAAAUAUUAUAGAGGUAAGCAUAAAGAAACAUUGAUUUAGCUAGAAAAUCCUGUAAAUUGA